AUGGGCAAGAAGGGCGGCCUGUUUGCCAAAUUCAAGGGCUUUCUCGACAAGGACAAGGACAAGGGCAAGGGCGCGGAUAAGGACGACCCGCGCGCGUCCCUGAAGGGCGCCCGGCCGCAGGCGGCUGCGCGCGCCGACGGCAGCAGACGCGGGGAGGCGGCGCGGACCGGCGAGGGGUCGGAAGCGGCGCGGCAGGUGAUUAUGGAGCCUCACAAGAUGCGGUGGGUGAACCGGUGGCUCGAGUGCCAGCCGCACCCGGACAACCAGCUCGACCCCUCGUCAGCGCGCGCGGCGGCCGCCGGAGUCCAGCAGGCGGACGCGAUCACGCCCACAUCCCAGGCGGCGCCGGCCGCGGCGCCCGCGGUCCCGGCGGCUCCGCAGGCGGGUGGUGCCGUGGCAGCUGUGGCGCAGGGUGCGAGGCAGCCGGCGGCGGACGCGGGCGGGCGGGAGGCGGCGGGCGACGAGGCGCGCGCCGUGGAGCCAAUAGCUACGCCCGCGGCGACGGCGACGGGCCCGGGGGCGCCCCCGCUGUCGGCCAACCUGAAGGCCGUCGCGGGCGCGAUCGACCACAGCGCGUCGCUGGACGUGCGGGCGCCGUCGCGGGCGGACGACUCCGCCACGGACAAGGCUGCGGCCGGCACGCAGGCGGCGCUGGUCGGGGCGCAGUAG